CAAACACAGAAACACGCUGCUCACACGCACUUGUCAGGGGCAUGGCUUGAAGUUGACUGUUUUGAACAAACACACACACAACACACACACACACACACACAACAGCACCAUCACCAGCACCGCCAUCGCUCAACCGCUUCACGCUGGUGAACUUGCACGGGUGUGCCUGCUGCCAAUCACGAAAUCAUACCUCGCUUCAAAGAGGAAGAAUAGUUAGUGAGCGAGUGCCAACAGGAACAAGAAGAAGAAGAAGAAGAAGAAGAGGGAAGAUGAGCGUGUGUGAGUUCAAGGGCGUUGGCUAUGCCGGCUCGGCGCCCUACCCUGUAACGGCUGCACCCGCCGUCUUUGACACCAAAGCAAUGCUGGCAUCGCUUCCCUCCAAAGGCAGCAAAAAGAAGAAGAUGCUGUUGAGGGUGUCGCCUGCGGAGGUGACCCUGGUGGAUAGCAAGUCGCUGGAAUCAAAAGUGCGCGUGCCAGCUCCACUCAUCACCUGGGCAAAGCACGAUGAGGAGCUGCACUGCAUCGUCAUCAUGGACACUUACGCCACGCCUCCCCAAUGCCAUUUCAUCAUCUCAAAGCAACACGCAGAGACAGUGUUCAGACACAUCAUGCACCGGCUUGGAGUGCAAACCCGCAUGGAUCGCGCACAACAAAACCCUCAAGAGCACACAGCCGUCAAGGAACGUGACGUGUGUGAGGAGGACUUCCCCCAGUCCUUUGAGGCGCGCUUCCUGGGUUCACUGACGGUCACGGGCAGACCGGGCGCACACGUCGUCAAGGAGUCCCUCCAGUUUAUCAAACGGCAGCUGAAAAAGCACGAGCAGGACAGCGACGCCGGCAGUGGCAGGCGCGUGCAGGGGAACAACGUCGCAGUCAUCGUCUCCUUGGAGGGGCUGAGGGCGCUUGAUGUUCUGACGCGAGCCACCAUCACCAGCCUCCUCAUCGCCUCAAUCACUUACCUCGACACCGUCCAGGAUGAGGAGGAAGGCGAAAUCCUGGCCAUCAUUGCGUAUGACGAUCGUCUCGACCGCCACAAUCUUCAGCUCUUCCAGUGCGCUGACGGACAGACACAGGACCUCAUCAAGUUGCUUGAGUUUGCGUCAGUGCAGCAUCAGACGGUCGCCAGCAAGGAGGCAUUCAACCCUUUCGUGCCAGAGGAAGGACACGAUAUCCAGUCGUUGGACGACUUCAAGGUCAGCCCGCGGCUGUUGGCGAAAUCUCUUCCGCGCGAAUGUCUCGCGCCCGUCAAACCGCUCGAAUCUGGACAGUAUGGCAAGUACUACCUGGCCACCUUCACACAGGUUGACGCACAACAUGACCAGCAGUUCGGGUUGUUCAGUGCCAAUGGCGCUGGUGAUGGUGAUGAUGAUGGUGAUGGUGGUAUGACAGCACACGCGGCGGGCUCAAGUCCACAUCUCGCCGUCUACGUUAUCCAAAGCGACGUGUCCCAGACAGAGCGGGCGCAAAUGCUGAGCGGAUAUGAAGUGCUGGCGGAAAUGCAGCAUCCGAACAUCGAACGCGGAUACACGCUGCGAAGCCGCACCAAGCUUGCCCUCAGGUGGCUUGCGGUGGAAACGUUUACGCGCAGUCCCCGCGUGUUCUCAGAAGCGAGCGACGUGUGGGCCUUUGGUGUGACGACGUGGGAGAUCUUCACUGGGCUGGUGCCCUACCACGACAUGCGCCUGACGGAGGUUCACCAGGAGGUUCCCAAGGGUCUCAGGCCGCCCCGCCCACCAGGCUGCCACGAUUCGCUGUGGACGCUGCUGACGACGACGUGGUCGGCAGACAGCACCAUCCGCCCGACAUUCGCCGUCAUCAGAGACAGGCUCGCACGCGAGAUGGACGCGUUCCCCGACCAGGAGUUGCACGACAUUGGGAAGAUGGUGAACGACAAGCUCCAUGCCAAAAUUGAGACGCUUUCGCGCAAUGCAACGGAGCGCCACCGAAAGCGGAGCCGAAGAUCCUCACGCGAUUCGGUAUCCCCUCUUUGGGUGUGA